CAAUCUUUCAUACGUUCGUUCAUACCUUUCGUCCAAGAUGCGCAACAUCUCUAGCAUUUCUACCUUGGCCCUGCUGCUGGUUUCGGCAGUGGCUGGUAGUGUAUCACCUUCUGUCGACAGCACUGAAGUUGAGCGCGCUGUGGAGUGCCAACCUGGAUCUGGAUCUUGCAAUGUUGAGCUCGUGGACAGAGCUGUAACCAGCUCAAAAUCAUCAAGUUCUACACACAAGACAACUUCGACCAAGAAAUCAUCCUCCACCAAGAAGUCCAGCUCUACCAAGAAGUCAAGCUCGACCAAGAAGUCUUCAUCGACGGCCAAGACCACUGCAAAGACUACCCUCAAGACUCAAGUCAAGAUUGUAACGACCAAGUCUUCUACAGUCACUUCCUCUUCGAAGAAGCCUACAACAUCAUCGACUGUAAAGACCACCGCAAAGACCUCAAGCUCAAGCAAACCUGUUUCUUCGAGCUCGAAGUCAAGCUCCAAGGUCUCUUCCUCAUCAAUCAAGCCGACCACUGUUGCCAAGCCUGUCUCUACGACCAAGGCCGCAGUUGUCAGCAUCAAGACCACCUCUAGCAGCUCGAGCUCGAAGAAGAUAUCCUCGACAAGCAGCAGCAGUAGCAAGAAGAUUACUUCGAGCUCCAGCUCCUUGAAGCCUACUUCCUCUUCUUCAGUCAUCAAGACUAGCAGCACCAGCAGCACUUCUUCAAAGGCAACUUCGACAUCAGUCAAGCCCUCAUCAACGACCUCCAGCAAAAUCGCCUCUACCACCUCGAUCAAGCCAACCACUAGCUCUUCCAGCAGUGUCAAGCCCACAACCUCUUCCACCAGUAGCAGUGUAAAGCCCACCACUAGCUCCACAAGCAGCAGUGUCAAGCCCACCACCAGCUCCACAUCCUCCACCCCCACCACCGCUUCAUCCUCUUCAUCCUCAUCUUCCACCUCCUCCGCCGCCGCAACAACCAGCAGCAAGACUUCUUCCUCUUCUUCUUCCACCUCUUCCGCCGCAGCAACUUCCUCAGCAGCAGCAUGCAAGCGCAGAAGAAGAAAGAUCAGAAGAAACGCCGCCGCCGCCGUCGAAACCCCCUCAGCUCCUCUGAUGAAGAUUGAAGAUUUGCCGGCCGGUGCUGUGCAAAUGAUGGACAUGAUGAACUAAGUGCUAAGCCAAGAAAAAGGCUUUUCGUUGAUCGAAAAUGCUUUGUGGGUUUUGUUCUCAUUUGAUUUUUUCUGAAUUGGAGACUGUUAAUUUGUAAAGAUGUGUUGAGGUUGAGAGAUAAGAUAGAUAUAUAUCAUUGUGUGUUAAUUUUGAUACUA